AUGGAUUCCAAUAACCCAUGGUCCGAUGCCCCAAGCCAAAACGACUCGAACCCCUCCCAGCCAAACCAGGGUUCGGCGCAGUCGUACUACCAGGCCAACCCUUCCCAACCCCAGUCGCAACCCCAAUACUCCUCUCCGCAGCAGCGACAAGGGCAGCAGCCAGCGGCUCCUUCUCAAGGCAUUCACCGCUCAGAGACCGAACAAAUAUUCGCACAGCAAGAGGACCGAGCAGCACAGGUUGAGUACAUGCAGCAGUUUGAAGCAAACGCGGCACAGAGUGAAGGCGAUAAAAUCCAGGCACAAUUGCAGAAAGAGUUCCCGAAUAUCGACAGCAGUUUGAUUGCUGCGAUCUACAACGAGAGGCCAGGAAACCUCCCCGAGGUGCGAGAGCUGUUGCAGGAGCUGAAUAGUACGAAUUGA